AUGAUGAUACCGCUUCUUCUGCUCGCUUCCAGCGCUCUGUGGAGUCGUAGCGAAGCCCAGUCUGGAAAUGCGUCUGCGGCGUCCGUCGUUGAGCAGUAUUGCUUUCCCAAAUCAGGAGCUCCCUUUUCUACGAAUAGCCUACAGCCGUCGGUCACGAUGAUGUACAGCGGCAUCACGCUCACUACCGCCCCCUUGACCUUGAACGUGAGCGGGGCAAGUCCUACAGGACUGUCGACAGGUAGUCCUGGUGGGCCUGCAAACUCAACAGCUGUGUCGAGGCUCACGGACGCACCGCCUCUUCCCGAUGCCACAGAAACUCGCGCAGAGAGUGCCGCCGGGUCCCUUAGUCCUGCUCUUACCCCAGGCGCAGCCGUACCCAGCUCUCUUGCCUCCGCUGCGAGUGAUGGGACACAGGCCAUGGGUUCCGUGCUAGAGACCAGCAGCUCCGCCGUGACCGCAGUUCCUACUUCGGCUGCAGACGGCAGUGCCGGCCCAUUCGUCAGCUCUGGUCAACCCACCAUAAACCCCAGUGCGAGUGAUAUAAGUGACGAUGGUCAGCCCGCCGAAAGCCCCAGUGUGAGUGAUAUAAGUGACAACGGCCAACCCACCGCGGGUCCCGGUGCGGGUGACAUAAGUGACAGUGGUCAACUCGUCAACGAUGCUGCCUCUUCCACUCCACCCACCGGCCUUUCUACUGGUAUUGGGGGAUCUGGCGCUCCUAUCGCCACAACCGCUACUAGCAAUGCCCCUGGGAUGAGCAGCGUCGCUGGGUUCUCGCCAGGUGGUACCACACUCGCACAGACAGAUCUCGGUAGUAAGCCCACAUCUAUGACGGGCGGGCAGGCCUCUGCCUCUGCGGGACUGUACAGACCCACAGGGGCGUUGCUUGGACCGGACGCGAGCCAGGAGAACAGCACGGUCAGUCUGUCUCCGUCGUCCGUCGAUGCCCUUCAGUUGGCGCUCGUGCUGAAAAACCUGGGUGUCUGGGUGUUUAACGAGAGUAGGGUAGUGGAACCGCGUUCGCCGAGCGCGAGGGGCGAUACAGAGGGUCUGGCCAGCCUGGUGGCGGAGAUCGCUGUGCAAGAGCAGACGCAGUUGCGGACCCUACGGAGCCUGCUCCGCCGGUCGGGAAAUCCAGACGUGCCUUCCUGUCAAUACGAUCUGCCCAGCAACGUGACCGAGCUCAGCUUUCUCAUGGUCACUUUGAACUCCAUCAACCUCGGCGUCUUCAUGUCGAUGGCGGAGGCAGCGGACGGGCCGGUCGCCAUCUUGUUGUCCAGCAUCGCCAGCGUCGACGCCAAGCAUAUUGCGCUUCUCGGCGAACAUUCGCACCGCAACGCGAGCGGACAGUCUUUCGACACGCCUGCGACUCCGGCGUGGGCCUACAACUUCGCGCUGGAGUAUGCCCAGCCAGGCUCUUGCAGCGUAGAGCUGCCGCUUCCCAUAUUGCCGAAGCUCUCGAUAAACAAGAAGACUUCUGGCCAUGUGCGUCCGGGCACCAAUGUCAGCGUGGAAUGGGACGCUGCUGCUAAGUAUGCCGUUGCGCAGUUGGGCAGCCAGGUGUUCGUGGCUUGGGUGAAUCAGGUCGCCCAGCCCGUCUUCACUGCCCUGACCCUGUUCGACGAGAAUUCCGGAAGCACGAUGGUACCACCUAGCCUAUCGGGCACGGCCUUUGCAGUGCUAGCAACGCAGCCAAAACUCAUCAGCAUCGCUGAUCUGAAAGCUGCUACACUGGCAGGUCCUGUCGUGGUCAGCUCUGAGCCGUAG